AUGACGGGAAAACAACUCACUCUAUUCAUCACCUUCAAAAUCCAACCCGACCGAAUUGAAGAAUGGAAAGAAGCACAUCGACCCGUCUGGGCCGAAACCGCCGCUGAGCCCGAAUGUUUAUCCAUGGACAUCUUCCAAGAUCCCAAGAAUCCGGGCACCUUUCGCUUUGUGGAAAUCUGGGCCAAAGAUCGAGAAUGGUUUGAGAAAGAACAAUUCACGAAGCCGUACUAUGCGACGCUCUGGCCUAAGAGUCAGCCGACGUGGUCUGCGCCGGUAGAGGUGGAGUUUUUUGAGAGGUCAGGGGAUGGCGAUUUGCACAGGGAGAAGUAUCUUGCGAAAUCGAGGUCGGAGAAAUGGUGA